GGGAAAUCUGGCUGCUACCUUGCAAUGUCCUUGCAUUCCGGCUCGCAAGGAUCUUAAGAGGUUGAUCAGUUUCGUGCUCAUGUUCGACAUGGAUGUGAAGAUGCGGCAUCGGGCAAGGCCACCGCGAUCUAUCGGCUGAGCUGCUUUGAAUCGAGUCCACUGUCGAAUAUUUCCUCGACAAUCAUCAUGCCAUUAUCAAAGCGUUCCACAAACCUAUCUGAGGCGGAAAGCAGCAGGCGGCCGCGGCUCCCAGCAGUUCAAACCGAUGAUCGUAAUCACCAUGCCUCACCGGCCGAUGGUAUAUCAGUGGACGAACAGGCUGCUGUUCUCCAGGCAAUGUCACUGGACUCACCCCCAGGACUCGUCCAGUCGCCGAGCAGUUAUUCAACGGACUUCAGCCAGCCAAGUCCUGCUAUAACUUCUGCCCCAACCCCUCCUCUUACCCCUACCACACCGACAUCUGCGACAUCAUCGAAAUUCAAGGCAGCGUUAGAAGAUGUCCGACAUUUUGCUGGUGGUCUCAUAGCUCACCCAUACGAGUCUACAAAACACUACUCCAUUCUGCGCCACUCCCAUGGCUUGGUCUACUAUAAUGGUUCCAGUACAAAUCUGGCAAUCACUAUCUUCUCUGACAGAGAGCUACCAGCGGACCGGACACUGUGGCUACAGCGCAAAGGAUUCUCUGGCAAAACCGGCCUCAAGAUUGGCGGAUUGCUAGGCGCCCGAAGCACAUGGAUCGAAGUGACACCCACUGUCAAAGCUACCCCUGAGCAGCUGAAUCCUACCGAUGAACGGGCAUGGCAGAGGGACAUCAAGAAAUUCCUGAAGAAGGCGCCCAAAGAGAUCCGUUCCCAUCGCGUCCGGGAGACCGAUGUCCUUCGCAUUCCCUGUGAUGCUGACGAUGGCUAUCUGAGAGUGGUCCUAUGCACUGCUGAAGGCAAGAAAGUGCUUUGUGGAAGUCCGGUCUUUCGACUCGCCUCGUCAACGACUGAGUUUAGCUCGAUUCGAGGUGCCUCACUCAAGACGAUGCCACUUGAGGCAGGCAUCAAGAUAGGCCAGAUCAUCGGCAACAAUAUAAUGUCAGCUACGUUGACACCACUCGCUGACCAAGCUCGGUCAACCGUCACAGAUCAGAUAUCACAGAUAUACCAGCCGAGUUUUGGCGUACAGGAAGCAGCGAGCUAUGCCUACGAUCAAAGUGGAGUACCAGACAAAAUUGACGAUAUCAAUCAGCAGUACGACGGCGCUCGUCAAGCCUCUUACGAUCCCGUCCAACAAGUAGCAUACGACGCCUUACAGCGACCGGACAUCGUAGGACCUCCUUCAGGUCCAGUGGCGCCAUUUCCCGUACGAUUCCACGGCAAGGUGGUACCAGGCACGGGACGAAGCAAAGCAAUGUUGAACGUGCCGACUGCCAAUUUGAUGGGGGUGCCUGAAGACACCCUGAUGCGGUACAAGGGCGUCUUUUUCGGCUGGGCAGCAGUCACUCUGUCCAGGAAGCCCGCAGUCGAGACGAACAUUUCCGAUGAUUGGCUCAAAGCCAUUAUUUUCAUUUCGCCAGACCCGGACAGGAGGAGGACAGUUUUGCACAAGAACAGCGCCCGAGUGUAUCUGCUGCACGAUUUUCAGGGCGUUCAGCUCUUUGACGCUAAGAUAUCGGUGCUACUGAUGGGUUACUUGCGUGCACUGCAUGAGCAGAGUCCAGAUGAGGAGCCAGAUGUCGAAUCGAUGCAGUUCGAUAUCUACAAAGACAUUGCAGUCACGACGGCAAGCCUGAAUCGACCUGCGUGGACAGCUGAGGCGACUUUGGAGCGCGACAAAUCUGCCGCGUCGAGUCGGUCCGUGAGCGAACGCUACAUCGAUUUUAGACAGAACACACAGAGACAGAUGGAUCGAAUGCCCGUCAACAGAUUGGGGAUCAGGACAGAAGGUGCCGUAUUGAAGGACAGAUUGAUUGGGUUAGGAGGAGUCUGGGUGCCGAGGCAGCCGUUGGCUUAUGCGCAAACUGCUUGAACCUUGAUUAAUGUAGCUAUAGAGCGAGGUAGAGAGACUUGGGGGAAAUUUGAAUAUCCUACGUACCUGCUCCGUAUAGCUUGGUAGGUACCUGGAUUACUGGAGAAGAACCUACAGUAAUUGCCAUUUACGGUUUGAUCCAAGUGGG